GGACGUCAAUACUCGAUGUGAUAUGUGGUAUUGUAAAUUUAUUAACCUAGCUAGCUCACCGAAUAAUUAGAGAUAGCUUGAUACAAUUCAACUAUUAAAUUGAUUUUAAUUACGUUGAUUGUAGUUCAGAAGUACGAGGCGUCUUAUCUUUUAGGAAGUUAAUCGUCUUGAUAGUUUAUAUGAACCAAAUAACAUUACAAUUAUUUAUGUUUUCAAAUCUUAAUGGUAUUUACUAUAGAUGUUUGCAUUAGACUACACAGUAAUAAAAGGGAACAAGGUUUAUUGCGUACUCCUAAACAUAUCAAUUAACACGGGACAAAUACAAAAUGUCACAGUAAGAGAAAAUUGUAUGUAGAGAAAAAUGCGACCAACCACAUUAAGUAAGAGUGGUAAUGUGAGGAGCGUAAGGUCAGUCCUCAAAGAUAAACCAGCUUUUGAAUCAAUUGAAAUCAUAUCAGAUUCUGAUUCUGUCAGUGAUCAAAUUGACUGCACUAGCCCAGAAAAUACAAAUAUAGAAGAUGACCUUAAUUUAGAAGAACUAAUGAAACAAAAAGAGUUGCUUGAAGCAAAGCUGGUGUCCUAUUUGACUGAUAAAAAAGAGGAUAAAUCCUCAUUACGAAAACAUGAAGUGUCCAAAAGAGAACCAACUAAGGAACAGCGAGAAACAUCUAAAAGACCCCGAUCUUCAGAAGUAAAUAAAAAACACAACUUACACAAAGAAAGAUGUGAAGGAUACAGUAAAAAAAAGCAAAAAGUAUUAGAUUCUCGUGACCAUAGCCAUAGUGAAAAAAAACAUAACGUGAUUAAGGAAAAGGAUGUACAUAUUGUAACAAAAAAAUAUGGACACAAUCUCAAAGACAUUGAAUCGAAAGAAGAAAGAAGAAAAGAAAGAAGUUCGAAAACAAGAUCAAAGACUCAUACUACCCCAUCUCGAAACCAUGGUCGUGGUAGCCCGACAUCACAUUCGCGGUCGAAUCGCGACAGACAUAGAAACUCACCGCGGCGUUCUCGAGAGCGGCGAGAAGGGCAUUCCAUAGAUAAAACACGAACCUCAUAUGCGACUGUGGGAACUUCUAGUGAUGAACUAAACGUGUCAAUUGAUUCAGAUGACGAAGCAGAAAGAGAAGAACAAAUUAUUGAAAAAAGAAGAAAACAACGUGAACAACUUUUAAAACGUUUAGGCAAAAAUAACAAUGUAGAAAAUAAAGCAAAUGAAAAAUCGCCAAUUAAUAAUACGCCGGAGCAAAAUGUUCAUUCAGCACAAACUGUACUUAAAGAUAAAGUUGACGAUAGCGUUCCUGGGACAUCCAACGAAGUUUCCAACGCAAAAGAAAAAGAAAAAUCACAACACUGGGAUAUGUUUGCAGAUCACGAUAAUGUUAAUAGUGUUGGCACUCCUUCAGCUGGGCAGAAUAUAAAGAAAUCGGUACCCGAAAACCCAUCUCUCACCGAUAAUUGGGAUGAUGCUGAAGGCUACUAUAGGGUUCGUAUAGGGGAAGUGCUUGAUAACCGAUAUUCUGUAUAUGGAUAUACUGGACAAGGUGUUUUUUCAAAUGUGGUGCGUGCAAGAGACCAAAGUCGGCAGAAUUCUGAUGUUGCUAUCAAAAUUAUACGAAAUAAUGAGAUUAUGCAAAAAACUGGAUUGAAAGAAUUGGAGAUUUUAAAAAAGCUAAACGAUGCAGACCCUGACGAUAAAUAUCACUGCCUCCGUCUUUUUCGAAACUUUUAUCAUAAACACCAUUUGUGUAUGGUUUUGGAACCAUUGUCUAUGAAUUUAAGAGAAGUAUUAAAGAAAUAUGGCAAAAACAGCGGAAUUCACAUAAACGCGGUCAGGAGUUACACCCAACAAAUAUUGUUAGCGCUGAAAUUGUUAAAGAAAAGCGAAAUUGUACAUGCAGACAUAAAGCCAGAUAACAUAUUGGUUAACGAAAGUAAAGUACAACUGAAACUGUGCGAUUUUGGAUCGGCUGCCCACGUAUCGGAUAACAAUCUUACACCCUACCUAGUAUCGAGAUAUUAUAGGGCGCCGGAAAUAAUACUGGGUCUACCAUAUGACUACGGGGUAGAUAUGUGGUCGACUGCCUGUACCAUAUAUGAAUUGGCUACAGGACAAAUAUUAUUCGAUGGAAAAACUAAUAAUGAAAUGCUAAAGUACUUUAUGGAUCUAAAAGGGAAAAUAUCUCGAAAAAUCUUAAGGAAAGGAAAGUUUAAAGAACAACAUUUUGAUGCUGACUUCAAGUUUCUCUAUCAGGAAUAUGACCACAUUACUGAAAGGGAUAAAAUAAUUGUAAUAAAUGAUAUAAAGCCUACCAGAGAUCUGCAAGCAGAAUUAGCACCAUCAAAUCAACGUUUGGCACCUGAAGAUGCUAAAAAAUACACCCAACUAAAAGACGUUUUAGACAGGAUGCUAAUGAUAGAUACAACAAAGCGAGCUUCGAUAAACUUGUGUUUGAAUCAUCCAUUCAUACAGGAAAAGUAUCAAAAAUAAAUAAGUUAUUAUAUAUAUAUAUAUACAGCUGAUAUAAUGAAAAUAAUAACAAUAUGAAAUAUGUAUUUCUCAUACACGAAUAUCAGCAAAUAAGAUCGUUCAAUUUUUUUUAUAUUUGUAACUCUAUAUACGAGAUUUCUAUUAGAUGAAUUUUCAGAACUCGUAAAUAUGAAAUGUUAAAUUUGAAUCAGGGACUAUUCAGAAUAAAAUGUUUUUGAAUUUUGCAAGUGAUAUUUUUAUCAGCAUUUCCCCAUUUUUGACUCAACAUACAUACUGAGAGGGCUAACAUAGUGCAAGAAUCUGGAAAUUGUUUUUAAGUAAAAUAUAUUGUAUAUUUUAAUUUUUUACAUGCAUUUUCAUAUUUUAGUUAUAAAUAUCAAUACAUAUAGCGUUUAAAUUUUAUAAGAGUAUUUUAUAUUAUACACCUUUGUAUAGAGAUACAUAUUACAGUUUGAUGAAAUUC